UAGAGUAGGUGUGCCCUACUCACCUGAAAAGUUAGACACAAAUGAAAUACCUUCAGCCUCAGGGAAGACAGAAAAACUUAAACCUGAUUCCAAUUGCAGAAGCGACAGCAGGAGCAGCUACCGGAACUGGGCUCAAAGCAAAGCACUGGCCCAAAAAUCAAGGAUAUGACACCCAGCAGGAUGUCUCAUUGAUGGAAUCUGAAGAAGCCAAUGGGGGAGACCCCUUUCCCCCAGCAAACAGCAGCCCUACUGAGGAAAACCCUGAUCCUACACCAGCCAAAAGGGGACAUUAUGCCACUACUGAGUCUGUAGAGAUGAGCACCGAGCUGCCUGGCUCUGCAGAAGGAGCACAGAUCUCCAUUGCCCAGGAUCCUCCAAGGCAUCUCUCUGCUGGGGAAUCAGCAGAGAUGUGUGGCAGAUCCUCUAACCCUGUUCUGUCAGGACUGGAACAAGGGGAGAGAGAUCUAAGGCACCAGAGAGGACUCUCAGAGUGGGAGAAAGAUCCUGCAGUACAAGAGAUAUCUUUGGAAAGACAGAGAUGGGAUCACGCCUCGAACUCUGAACAGGGGAAAUUAGCUCAUCCUGAAAGCAGUCAGUAUUCUUCCUUUCCCAACACAGUCCCACAGGCAAUAGCCACUCAUGACAAAAACCCGCAGGUACCGGCUCCAGCCCUUCAUAUUGAAUUUCCUCAGGAUCAGAAACAGUCCCUGGCAUGUCAUACUGCUGUCCCCCAGGCACAGCAUAAGGAAACCUCAAUGACAGACACAGUUCCCAGCCAGAGGGAACCAGCCACUAAACACUUCCUGGUGUGUAAAGAAGUUUCAGAGGUUCAUUGCAAGACUGAGACUUUGCAUGAUGACACUACUGGAGAUCCCCCCUUGCCGGGGUUAGACGUAGCAAAUGGGACCAUCAGAGAGCUCCCACCAAGUACUGAAGCAGUGGCAAGGACCGACGAGGAGCCAUCUCCUGGGAUGGAUGCAGUAGUCAGGAUGAAUCCCAUGCCUUCUGUAAAUAAUGAUGAAAAAGUGGGAGGCUUGCAGGGAGGGGGAGAGGAUACAGACUCUUCCUCUUCACAUCACCCACCCUACCCCUUAUUGGAUGACAGCCAAGGAAAUUCACAGCUGACAGGAGGAAAUGCAGAUGGAAAGAUGGUCCUAUCAUCCCAUGAGAGAGGGAACAAUGCUUUGGCCACAUACCAGAAAACAGAAGUGGCUGCUAGGCAAAGUCCAUCUGGUUCUAUAAACCUCCUUCUGGAGGAGGAGAAAGGAGCAGAUGAUGGAAGAGCAGAAGGCAGCACUGAAUCUCCAAGAGAGUGCGUCUUCCACAUACUGAAUGCUGCAAAAAACACAGAGCAGGAGGAGUGGCAGCACGAGCAGCUAGAAUGGAGGGAGGAGCCCGAAGAGGGGGAGCAGUCAGAGCAGAAGCAGCCAGAGCUGGAACAGGAGGAGCCAGAAUGGGAGAAGCUAGAGAAGGAAGUGAAACCAGUGCAGGAGGAGCCAGUGUGGGACAGGGAAGAUCAGAAGGAAAAGAGGUGGGAUGAGCUGGAACAAGAGCCAGGGAGGGAAGAGGCGGAGCAGGAGGCUCCACCACCAGCACUCAAUCCAGCGUCACCUUCUCUCUCCAAGCAAAACUGGGACCUCCGUGAUGAGGGGGAGUGCACUUCCUCGGCUGAGGGAACAGGGCUGGCCUCUCUGCACCAGGUUUCAUUCUCCAAAGAUCAGCAUCCUGGUGAGGAUGAACUAUCCAGCAUAGCGUUGAAGGCCUGCAUUGGAGGAGCAAAUGUAAGAGCUCAGCCACCUGCUGUGAUAACGUCCGAAAGUCAGAACCCAGUGGGUGGGAGUUCCAUGAUGCACUCCCCCACUUGCCACAUCUCUGCGCACUGGGGAGACGUGGGGGUUUCUGACCCUUCCAGCUUCAUUUCUUUCAAUGGCCAAGAUUGUGAAGAAACCUGUCAGGAUAACAGAGCCAGUAAUGGUGAGGAUGGCCAUAGUGAUGAAGAUGGAAGGACAGUCCAGAGCUUUGAUGAUGGAGGAGCCAUCUCUCCGUUAUGCAGAGAAGUAACCUCAUCUGGUGCAGGGAACCCAGACUCUUCUGGGACUCUGGACCCUUCUUCUGGUGCCAGGAACUUGGGAUCUUUUGGUCCCACAGAUCCCCAUCCUGUUGCAGAAAAACCAGCAUUUCCCAGUCAUCAUUAUUUCACUCUAGCCUCGCCAUCAGAGUUCAACUCAGCAGUAUCAGCACCUGGCCCAUCUCAGGAGGAUGCUGAUGAAAGAUCCCAAGUGAGCCCUGUGGGAUGUACUGACCUGGACAAAGCACCAGUCUCUGUACAGGACACAUCCAGCCAGACUUCUUACCUGCAGGAGGCAGCUUCUAGGGAAGGAGCCUCAGUGACCACCAGCACAGAGGGUGUCCAGACUCCCCAUGGUCUGCUUACACCUGAGAAGGGCUUUAAUGAAGAGUCUAGUGCCCAACCUUCCAUCUCCAAGGCUUUCAGAAGUCCCCCUCCACAGCAGAGCCUGCCCAAGGACACAGAUGAAGUAGAAUCUACUCCUGCAGCUCCAGUUACAAUGCACUUGGAGUCAUCCCAAGCACCAGACAUGGCUCUUGCUCCCCCGAAUUCCCUGGAGAAAGACCAGAGGCACCAAAAGCCCCCAAUGAGAAGUUUUGUUUUCCAGGGAAAGGAAGUGGAAGCAAACGUCGUUCACGCAGCACAACACAACCCUUUACUUGAUGAGUCACAUUUGAGCUUAGAGGUGGAAGUGCUAGGAACAGGAAGUGCCCUUAACGCUGUACCGCAGCCCCCAGAACAAGCUGUAGUCCUUGCCCUGGAGCAGAGCACACAGCCUCCUCCUCCUGUGCCUGAUGCUGACCAGCUCACGCACCCUCCAGCUCCUGUGCCCGGCUCACCUCUGGCCCCUGGUGCCACCCAGCUUGCCCACCCUCCGGUGCUUGCGCUCAGCUCACCUCUGGCCCCCGUGCCUGACGCCGAGCAACUCGCCCACCGUCCGGCUCCUGUGCCCAGCUCGCCUCUGGCCCCUGCACCGGACGCCGACCAGCUCAUCCACCCUCUGGCUCCUGCGCCCAGCUUACCCCUGACUCCUGCACCUGAUGCCGACCAGCUCACCCACCCUCCAGCUCCUGCACCCAGCUCGCCCCCAGUCCCUGUGUAUGAUAUCACCCAACUCGCCCACCGUCUGUCUCCUGCGCCCGGCUCACCCCUGGUUCCUGCACCUGAUACCACCCAGCUCGCCCACCCUCUGGCUCCUGCACCCAGCUCGCCCUUGGCACCUGUGCCUGAUGCUGACCAGCUCGUCCAUGCUCCAGCUCCUGCGCCCGACUCGCUCCCAGCCCUUGUGCCUGAUGCCAGCCAGCUUGCCCACUCUUCAGUACCUUUGCCCAGCUCGCCCCUGGCCCCUGAACCUGACGCCGACCAGCUCGCCCCCCCUCUGGCUCCUGCACCCAGCUCACCUCUGACUCCUGCACCUGACGCCGACCAGCUCACCCAUCCUCUGACUCCUGCACCCAGCUCGCCUCUGACUCCUGCACCCAGCUCGCCUCUGACUCCUGCACCUGAUGCCGACCAGCUCACCCAUCCUCUGGCUCCUGCACCCAGCUCGCCUCUGACUCCUGCACCUGAUGCCGACCAGCUCGCCCCCCCUCUGGCUCCUGCACCCAGCUCACCUCUGGCUCCUGCACCUGACGCCGACCAGCUCACCCAUCCUCUGACUCCUGCACCCAGCUCGCCUCUGACUCCUGCACCAGAUGCUGAUCAGCUCGCCCCCCCUCUGGCUCCUGGCUCACCCCUGGUUCCUGUGCCUGAUGCCACCAAGCCUCCAGCUUCUGCACCUGGCUCGCCCCUGGCUCUUCUGGCUGAUGCCUACCAGCUUCUCCAGUCUCAGUCCCUUGUGCCUGACUCCAACCACCCUUCAGCCCCUGCACCUGAUAUUGACCAGCCUCUGCCUCCUGUAUCUAACUCCACUCCACCUCUAAACUGUGUAUCAGAUUCUAGUCAAUUACUGGCCACUGCCCCCAAUUCCAGCUGCCCUGCCCAGGCUCCAGCCUCUGUGCCUGAUGCUGACAGCCUUGCUCACGCUCUGGUCCCUGCCCCUGCUGUGGAAGAUGGAGAAGAGAACCCCCUCCUAAUGCAGAUGACCCACGAGGGAGUGUCUGGUGCCCAGUGGGAUCCUGUCAUCUCACCUACACUGGAUGAGGUGGACACUAGUGACUCAGGGGCCACUUCAUUGGCCGAGAGCUCAGAUUUUCCCACUUUGGAGAAUGAGGCACCCAUGGGCCACUCUGACAGAAGCCCUAAAGCAAUGGGUCAGCACCUGGCUACACACUGUGGAAAGUCCACACCUGACUACACCUCCAGGCCCUCCCUGGGAGGGUGGGGAACAUCCACAGACUCUCAGAAUAGAAAUUCAGCACAGCCACCCCCACUACUAGCUUUCUCCAACCCAAUCCACUUCCUGCAGUUCAGCCCUCCAUCACCACCAGCCAUCAGAACACUAUACCGACAGGAUGCAGUCUUCGAUGAGCCCCAGUGGGACCAGGCACAGGCAGGCCCCACUAGCGUGGAUACGAGGAACACAACAGCCCCUGCAGUGAUGAUCGAGAAAGCAGAGGGCGCUAGGACAUGCAAGCAAAAGAUGGAAGGGCAGGGAGAACCGCUUCACCUUGCGGCCCAGGUGAAAGAGGUGGCCGUCAAACAUGCACUCUUGGAGAAGUCAUCAAGUUGGCCAGAUAAAAAAGUCAUCAGGGUGGACAUGAAGGAGCUGGGACUCAAUUCAGGGAGUCAGGAGAACGUGAUCAAACACCGAGCAAAAAGCAAAGACUGGCACCGGCAGGGCCUGAGGAAGAUGUCAGUACUGUCAGACAGCUUACAAGAGGAGGGAGCACACAAGGACCAGCCAACCAGCUUAGACACAGUUAUACAUCGGGAGAAGAAAUCUGCAGACACACUGGAUAAUUUCAAGCGCCGACACUCCAAACUGAUCAACUCCUCAAGGUUACUCUAUCAGGAAUACAGCGAUGUGGCUCUGAACAAAGCAAUCCAGAGCCAGAAGAGAGCAGAUUCUUUGGCAGAGGACUUCGAACUGAGCUCUCCAAGCUCCCCAAGGUUACGGAGGAAAGUGCUGUCUUCGCAGGACUCGUAUCUUCAACGUCUGUCAGUCUCAUCCAAUCCGUCCCUCUGGCAGGACAUCCCCAUGAUCCGAGGAAGCAGAAUGCUGCUGAACAUGUCCCGAGAUGAUCAGAAACUGCAGGAGGCCAAGUUCGAGUUGAUCCUGUCAGAGGCCUCAUACUUGCGCAGUUUAAAUGUGGCAGUGGAUCACUUCCAGCGCUCAUCAGAACUCCAGGCACUCCUCACCAAGCAGGAGCGCAAGUGGCUUUUCUCCCGCCUGCAGGAAGUGCGUGAUGUCAGUGCCAGUUUCCUCUUCGAGCUGGAGGAGAAGUUUGAGGAGAACAUGUUCAACUUUAACGUGUGUGACGUGGCUCUGAGACAUGCCCCUGCAUUCCGCAAGGUGUAUCUACCAUACGUGACAAAUCAGACCUACCAAGAGCAGAUUUUCCAGAGGCUAAUGCACAGAAAUGCAAAGUUCCAGCAAGUCCUGGAGAAACUGGAAAGUGCCAGUGUGUGCCAGCGCCUCUCCCUCAAAUCCUUCCUCAUUCUCCCCUUCCAACGCAUCACCCGACUCAAACUCCUCCUACAGAAUAUAUUGAAGAGAACCCCGCCCGAGUCGGAUGAAGAAGUGCAGGCCACACAGGCUUAUGAUGCACUGGAGAAGCUCAUAAAGGACUGCAACGAAAAUGUCCAGCGCAUGAAGAGCACUGAGGAGUUGAUCUACCUAAGACAAAAGAUUGAUUUUGAGUGCAAGAUAUUCCCACUGGUCUCGCAGUCUAGGCGGCUGGUGAAGUGUGGUGAGCUGAUGACGUUGGACGACAACACUCUGAGCCCCAAGUGGAAACUCACCACCCGCCACAUCUACCUGCACCUCUUCAAUGACUGCCUGCUCCUGUCCCGGCCCAGGGAGGGUGGGCGCUUUGUCGUGUUUGAUCAUGCUGCAUUUUCAGAUGUACGUGGGGAGAAGUGUGAGAUGAAGCUGCACGGGACAAACAAAAAUCUUUUCCGCCUUUUUCUCCUUAAGAACAACCAAGGGAAAAGCGUGCAAUUCCUCUUUCGUACAGAGACACACAGUGAGAAGCUGCGGUGGAUCUCCGCUCUGGCGCCACCACGAGGAGAACCAGAUCUCUUAGAAAACCCUGACUCACCUCAGGUUCAGUGCAUACGGACAUACAAAGCUCGGGAGAAUGACGAGCUGGAUCUGGAGAAAGCAGAUAUCAUCAUGGUCAUGCAGAACAGCAACGACGGCUGGAUGGAAGGAGUGAAACUCUCAGAUGGAGAGAGAGGCUGGUUUCCCUCAGAGCAUGUGGAAAUAAUCUCCAGCAAACACGCACGCCAGAUGAACCUGAAGGAGGAACAGCGUGUGAAGAAUGCCAAACAGCAGGUCUUCUGCAAGAAAUAGGAUUCUCCACUUCCUGUUGCAAACUGUACAGUCUCUCUGGUAUGGAGAAACCUGACUUAAGAAAUCCUCUCUCUACCACAUUCUGGAAGAAACAACUCUGCAGAAAUAAAAAACGAGCACUUAAUACUGUCAGACAAAGUGCUUCUACUAAAGAAAGCAGGAAUUCAGCCAGGAGUAAAUAUAUUCACUUCUACUGCCUCUGUAGUCAUGGUGAGACCAAGGAAGGAAAAGAAGCUGCAUAUAUUGCUUGCUUUGUAGUAGUAGGGAGGGAAUAUAAGAGAGCAGAGGACUGGGACUCAGGACUUUUGGAAAUCUGUGCCUGAUUUUGCCACUGACAAGAUGUGUGACCCUGGGCAAGUCACUUCAGAACUCUGCCUCAGUUUCCCAAUCUGUAAAACGGGGAUAAUACUUACCUACCUCACGGGAUGUUGUGAGGCUAAAUUCAUUCAUAUUUGUAAAGCGCUUUGAGUUCCUGAGAAGAAAGGCACUAUAGUCAUGUAAAGCACACUGUAGUUAAGGUUGAGAAGAGCUUUUCAUUUCAACCUCUUCUUAGGGUUCUUUAAGUGGUUUUAAUUUCCACAUAUUUUCAUUUAAGAUAAUAUAUAAUGGACCAAAUUUUCUGUUGAUGUAAGUGGGUACAAUUCCAGUAACUUCAAAGGCGUUCCGCACUUUUAUACCAGCUCAGUUUAACCCAGAGUCUCAGCAAAAGAUAAGGUUUAGAUAGUAUGAGAAAAAUCCAUUAGAGUUAGGUAAGCAUGGGGAAAGAAAUUUUUCCCUCUAAAAUGUUUUUCAGACCUUCUUUUGGAAAAUUUUUCAAAAACGAUUAGUGAUUUUUGGGCGCUCAACCUGAGAUACUUUGAAGGAGCCUGAGUUUCAGGAAGUUCUGGUCACCUGCCUUUGGAAAACAGUGUCCCAUAAUCACUAGUCACUUUUGAAACUCUUGACCAAGGUUAUGUUUUACAUGUUGGCAUAUGCUCUGUAUUUAAAUUUAGUUGUUCUUGAAUGGCAGGAAAGUGGAAUUGCACUGCGUAUGCCUAAUCUAUUAUAGCAGAUGUGAUGCAACACGCAACAUUUUGCACAAUUAUAAAACAUAAGGAAAUCUAUAAACUAUAGAUAUUUUUAAGCAAAACAUGUAACUGCAGUUUGUUAAGGUUCCAUUUCUGUGCAAAGUCAUCAGGUUUUAAGUGCAGCUUAUGUGCAGAAUCUAUCCACUGGAGAACACUGCUUCAAACUGUAAAAUAUUUUUUCUUCUGUAUUAAACAAAGGAGGAUUUUUGCCUGUAAUUAUGCUAAGACAACAUCAAGGUUGAGAAUUUAAACACAGCAAAGUACGAAAGCAACACAUGUAACCUUCUUGCUUCUAACGUAUUUGAAGAAUUAUUGACCUUUGUAUCUCUGGAUCUUUGUAAUAUCCUUUUGAUUUCCCUGGCAUAGUUUGUUCCAGCCUAUUUAUGCCAGUCAUUUGAACUGGAUUUACAUUUUUUUUAACCUAAUAAACUUAUGCACUUCUCCAGUUAGGAUAUAUAGGUUUACCUGUUCCGUUGCAGUUAGCUUAGCUUAUCUUUUUAUAGGAACAUAAGCUCUGUGCCUGUAACAGUUGCCAACAUUUGAACACUCCCCUCACCCCCCAAAACUAAUUUUUCAUAUACGACGACCCUCCCACAUCAUUUCAGCUGGAUAAGACUUAGCUUUUUUUCUCUGCAUUGACAUCUUUCUUCACUUCUACAGCAGCCAUGGCAUAGAACGUUACAUGGUGUAGUUAGAAUGAGAUGACUGCCCCUGUAACCUCCAUACCACAUGCAUCAUCUGUCACCAGUAUACCAAGGUGACCUGGGAGGAUGACCUAUUGAGAGAGGACAUUUAGUAUACACCAUACUGAUACUGAAGGACAAGAUGGUUAUGAUGUCCUGCUAGCCAUUCAAAAGACUGGUCCACAGACUGUACAGUGCCUCCUUAGAGAGAACUAAAACUGAUCCUAGGUCCACUUUUAACAGCUGAAAUCAGUGCUUGGAAAGGGGGUAAAGGUGAGUCCUAACUUCAAACCAAAGGUAAUGACAGACUAACAAAGGUAAUCCUCAGCCACCCACCUAAACUUCUAUCAUAGUCCAAAUACAAGAUUCCAAACUACAUGCCAUGAUUUCAUUUGUACCAUGUAUGCAUCUGGGACAAACUCAUGGUUGUCAUGAGUUCCUGAGUCACCUUUACGGAGUGAAGUUACUCAAGAGAAUAAGCCUGCAUGAAAACUCUCAAGUCAGUGAGGCAGUCUGAGAUUCAGUCAUGCAGCUAUUUCAACUUUAAACUUGUCCCAGGAAUGCAAAGUUAUCAAGUCUGUUUCUGAGGGGGGAAGGUUGUAGGAACAUAGGAAUUGUCAUGUGAGAUCAGACCCAUGAUCCAUCUAGUGCAGUACCCUGUCUGACAGUGAUUAGUACCAGAUACUUCAGAGAAAGAUACAAGAAACCCUGCAACAAGAAACUUUGAAACAAAUCUGUCCAUAGGACAGUUCAUUUGUUACCUCUAGCAGGUAAAGACUGGCAUAAACCUCUAAGCAUGAGGCUUA